UCUCGUCAAUCUCUUCUUCUUCUUCUAUUUCUUCUCUAAAUCUCAGUGUGUUGAAUUCCUAUGCUCACAACUAAAGCAGAUCAUGGAGCUUGGCUUGAGCUUAGGAGCUUCAAAGCCUUUCACUUUUACGGAAAAGCCUCCUGAAUUAGAAUUAGCUAAUCUCAACACUACUUUAUCGAUCGGUCCAAUAAUCAGCAGCACCAAAAGCUGCGACGAUCUUCGUCAACAAGGCGAACAACAAGAAGAAGAUCAAGAAGAAACAGAGAAGAAGCAAAAUCACAGUACUGUCAAAGAAGAUCAACACGUUGCUUCAAAGUAUAGUAACGCCUUGCAGCUUCAUCUUCUUCCUCACGCCAAACCUCUCCCUCUGUACUCGUGGCCUCCUCCCUCUGAUCAGAACUGUGAUGAUGAAGUGGCAGCUAACUCUGGGAGGGGUUUGAAGGUGAAGACGUCGCCGGCGGAGGAGGACGAGUCGGAGGAGAGAACGGUGCUGUCAUCGUCUCCGAUGAGCGGAGCAUCGUCGUUUCAGGUGGAUCUGUGUGUAUACAGUAAUAACAAAGGAGGGAGUAGCAUGAGCGGAUCAGGAAAUUACAGUAAUAAUUAUUGUAACAAUAAAAAGAGGCAGAUUAAUGAAUUAUCAGAAGGUGAAGGUAAUUACUAUGAUCCAAUCCGAGGUUGUUCAUCAAGAGCAAGCGAUGAAGAUGACAACGUUGGAGGUCGUGGUGGUGGUACCAGGAAGAAACUCAGGCUGUCUAAAGAACAGUCUGCUUUUCUCGAAGAAAGCUUCAAAGAACACAGUACUCUUAAUCCUAAACAAAAACUUGCUCUUGCCAAACAGCUCAAUCUUCGUCCUCGCCAAGUCGAAGUCUGGUUUCAAAACCGAAGAGCGAGGACGAAGCUGAAGCAGACGGAGGUGGAUUGUGAGUACUUGAAGAGAUGCUGUGAGACGCUAUCAGAAGAGAACAGGAGGUUGCAGAAGGAGCUUCAAGAACUGAGGGCUUUGAAGGCUUCAAACUCAAACCCUUUCUUCAUGGAAUUACCAGCAACCACCUUGACCAUGUGCCCUUCCUGUGAGCGCGUCGCACCCAAUCCCACCUCCAAUAAUAAUAAUUCUAACAACAACAACAACAGUAAUAAUUCCCCUUCCAAACCCAAGGCCUUCCCAUUCGCCAGACCCAAGUUCUAUCCUUUCCCUCACUCCAAACCACACCAGUCUUGAACAUAUAUAUCUCAUCUCAAACAUAUUGCUUCGUACAGUUUUAGAUCAGGAAACAUAUAUGCAUCAUGAUGACACUGAUCACACAUAUGUAUGUAUGUAUUGCUUCAUCAUACACAGGUUUAACGUCGAUCUAUAGAUACGAAACAAUUUUGUUUUUUUUUUUUUUAAUGAAGUGUUCUUGCUGUAUCUUUAGUGAAUGGUGGUGUUGGGUUUUGAUCGUGCUGCGAAA